GUCACCCCACCAUGUCUUUGGAACUUUCAAGUCAGAAAUCAGGUUAUUUGUCCUUUCUUAUCCUGCCAGGUUUUUUACGAAAUAAGGGCUUGACUUACUAGUAACAGUACUCUACACGACUUUAGGGAGCUGCUUGCUUGUGCCACUGGUUAGAACCUACAUCUUAAAACAAAAAGGAUAAUAAAACUCCAUAACCUGCUGAUUUCUCCAAAACAUCAGUGAGACAGAAUGUUGAGGUUAACGGUAAUCAGUGUGAUUCUGUGUUUCGCUGCUGCCGAUAAUGUGGUCUUCAAGGACUGUGGAUCCAAAGGCGGUACCAUCAACUCGGUUGAUGUCACCCCAUGUCCCACCGAGCCUUGUCAGUUCCCACGCAACAAGAAUAUCACCGUUGCUAUUACCUUUACAGCCAGUGAGAGCAUUACUUCUGCAAAGACGAAAGUGUACGGCUACAUCCUUGGCAUCAAGACGCCAUUUCCUGUCCCUGACGACGCAUGUCAGGAUAUGCCAUGCCCUGUACAAAGUGGAACGACUGUAAUCUACAGAAAUGCUGUUUUUGUUGAGCCCGUAUAUCCCCAGAUCAGUUUGGUGGUGCAGUGGGAGAUACAUGACCAGAACGACGCUACCGUCCUCUGCUUCGAUGUCCCAGCGCAGAUUGUCUCUGGUUAAUGCUGCUGACCUCACCUGGCUGCUGACCACACCUCCCUGCUGACCACACCUACCUGUUGACUAUACCUCCCUGCUGACCACACCUACCUGUUGACUAUACCUCCCUGCUGACCACACCUCCCUGUUGACUAUACCUCCCUGCUGACCACACCUCCCUGUUGACUAUACCUCCCUGCUGACCACACCUCCUUGUUGACUACACCACACUGCUGACCGACCACACCACCUCAAGGCAAAAGGGGAAAUUUUGUUUCCAUGCCGUUUAAGACUUCUUGAAACAAUAUGUGCGCUUAUUUACUUAAUUAGUGGGAUGGAGCAGUGUCACGGACUCCGUGCUGUUGUGAGUUUACGUUUCAUUAGUAUUUACAAAGACAAUAAAAUAAUAAGAAUAAACAUUUUACCUAGUUC